GGGCCUUCAGCCCAACAUCAUUUUUAAUUUUGUCUUUUAAAAUUUUUUUAACGUUGAUCAACAGAUCGGUGAAUCGAGUGUGAGAUCUUUGUUUGCCCAAACAAAAUUCGCAAAACUCAGAGAUCUCCCAGCAGAUGGAGUAUAGAAAAAUCAAAGACGAGGAUAACGAUGGAGGUGGCCGAGAUGCUAAUGACUUAGAGAGCUUGAGAGGAAAACCUCUUUCAGCUAUUAGUAAUGUGGCUGCAAGCGCUGGUGAACGGUCCAAGUGGAAGCGCAAGUCAAUGGUUACACUUGCGCUGACUGUUCUGACGAGUUCACAAGCCAUAUUGAUUGUGUGGUCUAAGAGAGCUGGAAAGUAUGAGUAUAGUGUUACGACUGCUAAUUUUUUGGUGGAAACUUUGAAAUGUGCAUUAUCGCUUGCUGCCUUGGCGAGAAUUUGGAGUAGUGAAGGUGUCACUGAAGAUAACAGGUUGAGUACGACUUUGGAUGAAGUUAUUGUUUACCCCAUUCCUGCGGCACUUUACCUUGUGAAGAAUCUUCUCCAGUAUUACAUCUUUGCCUAUGUGGAUGCACCGGGUUACCAGAUACUGAAGAACCUAAACAUUAUCAGCACGGGUGUUUUAUACCGAAUCAUACUUAAGAAAAAGCUAAGCGAGAUUCAGUGGGCAGCUUUCAUUCUAUUAUGUUGUGGAUGCACCACAGCACAGCUGAACUCUAAUUCGGAUCAUGUCCUUCAAACACCUUUUCAAGGCUGGGUAAUGGCCAUUGUGAUGGCACUUUUAAGCGGUUUUGCUGGAGUGUAUACUGAGGCUAUAAUUAAAAAGCGACCUUCAAGAAAUAUAAAUGUGCAAAAUUUCUGGUUGUAUGUCUUUGGGAUGGCUUUCAAUGCUGUUGCAAUAGUGAUUCAAGAUUUCGAUGCAGUCAUGAACAAGGGCUUCUUUCAUGGAUACUCAUUAAUUACAGUUCUCAUGAUUCUUAAUCAUGCCCUCAGUGGGAUUGCUGUGUCCAUGGUGAUGAAAUACGCCGACAAUAUUGUUAAGGUGUACUCUACGUCGGUGGCAAUGCUUCUCACAGCAGUUGUUUCUGUGUUCCUCUUUGGUUUUCAUCUUUCCCUUGCCUUUUUUCUUGGUGCUACUGUUGUUUCUGUCUCGGUAUACUUGCAGUCUGCCGGAAAGCUACAAAGAUAGUGGUAACUUCCCCCCGCUGCCCGCAAUUGUUUCUUUAAGUAAAAGUUCAUGUCCUGUGAAUUUUUGUUCCUUUUCCUUUUCCAAUUUAUUACAUCAUAAUCAUCAAAUUGACCUCUGAUAUAUAUAGACCAAAAAAAAAAAAAAAACUGUACUGUAAUAUUUGUUAUAAUUAGUUGAAGAAAGAAAAGCUUACGACUCUGAAUUUUCCGACCUUGGUGUGGAUUUAAGUUGUAAAAUCCUGUUUCUUAGUUUAUUUUAUGAAACUGAAGCCCUGUUUUUUC